AUGCCACCAGGGGAGCGACGCGGGCGGGUUGGCCCUAUUCGUUUUCGCACGUUUCUCCGCAACACUGUCUUGGAUGUGAUGCGGAGUCGUGGCUGGCUGGAGACGGACAGUGAUCUGGGCUGGGAUUUCUUCUGGGCGGAUGUGGGGUGGAUCCGCGAGGUGUACGACCACGUGCGGCUGGACGAUACGCAGCGGAUCAAUCACUUCCGCAAUCACUUUGAGUUGACGCGGAAAGAUUUGAUGGUGAAGAACUUAAAGCGGAUGCGCAAGACGCUGGAGCGUGAGGGGCGGGUGGAGGAGGCGGUGGAGUUCGACUUCUUCCCCGCCACCUUCUCCCUCCCGCAGGACUACGGCCUCUUCGAGAUGGAGUUCCGCCGCCAGCCGAAUGCCAUUUGGAUCAUGAAGCCCCCGGCAAAGGCGCAGGGGAAAGGCAUCUUUCUCUUCUCGAAGAUCUCACAGAUCGCGGAGUGGCGGAAGGACUACAAACAGCGGCAGGGAGGGGCAGUGGGGGACAAGUCCGGCAGCAACCUUUACGGUAGUGAGCAGGUAGAACCUUAUUUGGCACAACGAUAUAUAGAUAACCCACACCUCGUGGGUGGGAAGAAAUAUGACUUGCGUGUUUAUGUGCUCGUAACAGGAUAUAGUCCACUUGUCGUUUGGUUGCAUCGUACCGGAUUUGCACGAUUUUGUCACCAACGAUUUUCACUAAAAGAUAUAGAAAAUACUUUUAUUCAUGUCACAAAUGUAGCUGUACAAAAGACAAAUCCAAAGUACACACCUUCUUCAGGUUGUAAGUACGGUUUACGUAACCUUAGACAAUAUAUAACCGCUUCAAGAGGAGUAGAAGCAGCACAGAAACUUUUUGAUGAUAUUCAAAAUAUGAUUCUGCGUUCUCUUCAUGCAGUGCAAAAAAUCAUUGUUCAAGACAAACACAGUUUUGAAUUGUACGGUUAUGAUAUUAUGAUUGACAAUGAUUUGCACCCGUGGCUCAUUGAAACGAAUGCCUCUCCUUCACUUUCUGCAGAAACUCCUGCAGACUAUCACCUUAAGUUUAACGUUUUGGAGGAUAUGUUUAAUGUUGUUGAUUUAGAGAAGCGACGGACAGGUGAAGAAGUACGAGUUGGUGGAUUUGAUUUAAUUUGGAAAAAUGGACCCGUAGGUCCUUCACGCCGCAGUGAUGUAAAGGGAGGGUGCGGCUCAGCCCAGUCUUUUCUUGGAUGUGCGAAUGAGUUUGAAAUUCCCAUUACACAUAUGCGAAUGCCACCACGUUUACAGCAACUUGACAGCAGUGAAAGACUUCUUACAUGA